UUGUGGUUUUAUAAAGAAAAAAUCGUAAUUAUUCAAUUAUCCUAUCGCAAACUAUUCACUUUAUCAACAGUAAAAGUGUUAAUCAACGGUUACAAUAAAGUUUCUGUCGUUAAAACGAUGUGUGAGAAGUGAUUGGCCCCGUGAAUGUGUUACAAGAAUUUAGAACUCGAAUAUUGUACGUUCUGAGUAUCAAUUGUGAUGUUUCUUAUUUACAUUUGCGUCCACCGCAUAGCGGGAACAUAUAUUACGGGACUAUGGACGAGCUAAGUUGUCCAUGACAACAUAUUUCUCACAUAGACGUUAACAAAAUAGUGUUCGAAAAUGCGUUUAAAUAUCAAGAAAUUAACUAUAUUCGUGGGUUGUUUGGUGUUAUGGAUUCUAAUAUCGUACGCUUCUGUAAUAGAAGUGCCGAAGACUUCUAGCUAUAAAAAUGCCGCCGUAGAAAUAGAAAAUAGGAUAAUAAGACUGCAGCAAAAGAUGGAUGAGCAGAUAGCUGAGAGCAAUCGCUUGUUAGAGAAAGUUAAGAAGUUGAGGAAGACAGAUAAUGACAUUAAUGAGGGAGAAGAAGAGGAGAAUGCUAAAGAUAUGGAAGUUUUACAGCAUGUAGCGCAACCAAUCCUGCCAGUGUUAGUGAUAGCGUGUGACAGAGUGACAGUCAAGAGGUGUUUAGAUAACCUGGUCAAGUUCAGGCCCAGUAAGGAGACCUUCCCCAUUAUAGUUAGUCAGGAUUGCGGCCACAACGCAACAUACGAAGUGAUAAAGUCCUACACGACUCUAGAUUCCUCAAUCUCCGUGGUGAGACAACCAGACCUCUCGGAGAUCGUGCUCCCGAGGGUCAAAGUCAAGUUUAGAGGAUAUUAUAAGAUAGCCAGGCAUUAUAAGUUCGCUCUCAACCGUUUUGAGACCCUGGGACAUGAGGCGGUCAUUAUUGUUGAAGAUGACCUGGACAUCCCGGAUUUCUUCGAGUACUUCCUCGGCACAUAUCCUCUACUCCUCAAAGACCAUACGCUUUGGUGCAUAUCAGCAUGGAAUGACAACGGCAAGAUGGAAGUGAUAGACAUGUCCCGACCCGACUUGUUGCAUCGCACCGACUUCUUCCCCGGGCUCGGCUGGGUGCUGCGGAGAGAGAUGUGGCUUACACUCGCACCUAAAUGGCCCGCUGCUUUCUUUGACGACUGGCUGCGUAACCCAGUGAAUAUUGACGGCAAGGCGUGCAUACGACCUGAAAUAUCGAGGACAUACUCCUUUGGAAAGAUAGGCGUAAGCAAAGGGCUAUUUUUCGACAUACAUCUACGUAAUAUACAACUGAACAUGGAGUAUGUGGAGUUUACAAAGUUAAACCUCACAUAUUUGCUCAAGGAAAAUUACGACGACGCUCUAGUCAACAAAGUAUACAAUCUACCCGAGAUGACGGCAGAGGAGGUGGCGAGCGGCGUCUCCGGCAACAAUGCCGUGCGGGUCAUGUACAGCAACGCCAAGACUUACCAGCGGGCCGCCAAGAAACUGGGCCUUAUGGACGACUUUAGAAGCGGCGUUCGCACGGCAUACCGCGGCAUAGUAACAUGCUUUGUUCGCGGACGCCGCGUGUUCCUGGCUCCCGACUACGACUGGACCAAGUACUACCCCACCUGGGGCUAGCCAACACACUAGUAAUACUAUUAUUAUUAUUAAUAUAUACUCCAUCUAAGUAGGCACUUAAGUAAAGGUAAACAUUCUUGAUCAAUCCUCCGAGCCUUUUUCCCAAUCUAUGUUGGGGUCGGCUUCCAGUCUAACCGGAUGUAGCUGAGUACCAGUGCUUUACAAGGAGCGACUGCCCUGCCUGACCUCCUCAACCCAGUUACCCAGGCAACCCAAUACCCCUUGGUUAGACAGGUGUCAGACUUACUGGCUUCUGACUACCCGUAACGACUGCCAAGGAUGUUCAAUGACAGCCGGGACCUACAGUUUAACGUGCCAUCCGAAACGCAGUCAUUGGUGUCUAUGGCUGAUAAAAGGUGAAGAAAACAUCUUGAGGCCACCUGGACUAUAAAGUCUGAAAUCACCAACCCGCAUUGAGCAAGCGUGGUGAUUAAUGCUCAAUCCUUCUCCGUGUGAGAGGAGGCCGCAGCCCAGCAGUGGGACGAUAAAAGGCUGUAACAGUUGUAAAUAUUCUUGAUAGGACUUUUACACAAAUACAUACAUCUUACAUUUAUUCUACCUUUGUAUAAAUAAAAAUAAAUGCCACUUUUGUUGUAAUGUUAUAACUCAAGAAGGGGUCACCUAUCCAAAUCAAAUAUUCAGGCUUUGUUCGGACUAUGUAGUAGAUUUGUUUAUGUAAAGUUUCGGUUCUUUAUUUAUCGCAUUUUUAACAAAAUAGUGGACUUUAGCUAUACGUAGCGAAGCACGUACCGGGCCGCUAGUUAUUUAUAAAUUAAACUACUGCUUAAAAUUUAUUCAAUUGAUUAAGUUAUAUUUUUAGUAGCAAAUUAAAAUUAAGUUAUAUCAAGAUAAUUUAUCUUUAGUUAAGCCUAUUCAAAUGGAGGAUGAAUUGUGACUAUUCGACUUCUCACUUGGGGUUUUGAACCCCAACUUGGGGUGCCAAUCACCCUAUACUGUAAUGGUAGAUUUUUAUAUGAAUGUCCCAAUGUUUUAGUGAGUGUAGCUUAUUGAGUCUGCAAUUUCCUUAUAUGACUACUUGGGGUAUUAUAUGCCCCCACCACUCUGAAGUAUAAAAAUACACUGUGUAUUUAUGAAAUGGCAUAACAAUCACUGAAAUAGCUAAAACAAAGCCCUUAAACAAAUGUUAAUUAUGACAAAAUAAUUGCCUAUCUGUCAAUAAUAUAAUAAACACGGAAUAAUUACUUUACUUAACAUAAACUUUACAAAUACAUACAUAAAGGCACCGUACCCUCUCAAUGAACGAUGUUGAAAACUUGAAACCAUAUUUUACCUAAAACUUUUUCCAGUCAUACCCAAUUUUAAGCAAAAUGGUGGACGCACAUUUAUCCGAUUCGAAUAAAACGAAUUUUAGAUUUUUUACAUGCUAACAGUUAUGACAGGUGUAAAGGAAAUAAAACGAUUUCUUUGACGCUGAUUUGUCUGCAAAGACUUUUGAUAUCGGAUAAAUGAGACUCCACCUUUACGGAUUUAUAAAAAAUGGAGCGUAACAUUAAAAACAUGGUUAAAAUGGCUGUCUUGUCACUCUUAGCGCUAGAUAUAAAAUUAUUGUAAAUACAACCGAGUUUGUUCUCGUGUCUUUUCGAAUGUUUACACUGUAUUAGAUGUAAUUCGUGGGCGUUCUGUACUAAGUUUAGUUCGGUAUGUAAAGCUUAUUUUUGUUGUACGAAUCUUUAUAAAGGACUAGCUGAUCCCGCGAACUUCGUAUCGUUUAAACCUUCCCUGGACCUCUACAAACAUUUUAAAACCAAAAUCAGCCCAAUCGGUCCAGACGUUCUCGAGUUUUAAUCAGACUAACGAACAACAAUUCAUUUUAUUUAUAUAGAUUAUGAUAACCGACUUAGAAAAAUAAGUUCUUGAUUGUAUCUAUGUCUUUUUGGCAAUUUAUUUAUGAAAAUUGAAAAUUUUCGGACAUAUUCUUUAAUGCGAGCAAUUUUGACAUAUUUUGGAUUUCAAAAUACAUUAAAUACAAAAGAUAUUACACAAAAUAUGAGUUUGAAAUAACGCUUUUUAUGGUCAUUCAGAAUAUUAGAUUCGUACGCAGAAACUAAGCUUUUGCUCAUAUUUAAGUAGUGAUACACUGAAGCAACAUUUUUUUUUCUAAGAAACCCAUGAAAUUUCUCCGUUCAGUGGAUACUACUAAAUUCUUAAUUUAAGAGCCAAAAUUGUGGCUUCAGUGUGUACUACAAAUUAAUAUAAUAAUGCCAAUACUAAUAUAAGUCACGUCGACUAAAUUAAGAUAUUUAGUAAUAAUAAUUUUAGUAACUUAACUAUAGAGUUACUAAAUCAAGUGAUUAUAGAUAAUUUUGUAAAUAUAUCAUUUUAAUUUUAUGUGUAAGCUAUUUUGGUAAUGCAUUAUAUUUUAAUAUUAUUUCACAGAACAUAAUAUAAUUAAAUUAUUACUUUUUAAGAAAGGGUAAACCGUGGAUGGACGGCAAAAUUAUACGUAUCUAUUUUGAAAACCUACAAAAUAUGGACAAUUGAUGCAACGCUGUAUUCAAAACAAUUAUAUUAAUUUAUUUUAUUAUAUAGUGCAUUACCAAAAAGCCUAACAUUAACUGACAAAUGACGUCACAAACAUAGGUUUUAAUUUCCUUUUCAAUUGAACGAAAGAUCUUCCAUUAAUUUUAAUAUUUAAUGUCUCUUUAUGUUUUCAAAACCUAUAUCGAAGAAAUGUAAUCAUUUUACAAAACUACCAUAAUAUGGAAGGUUUUACAACUGGCAAUAAAAUAAACGUUUCUUCGGUAUACGAUUUGUACGUACAGAUGACAGAAUGUCAACCUACCUCUAUCUGUCAAAUGUCUUCAAUAGAUUUUCAACCUUAUCACAAUAGUAGAAGGUUAAUAUUCGAUUGAUAUAGUUAUCGGCACUCAGAGCUCAAGAUUCGUGCCGGUAACUAUAUUAUUUCACAACUAUAACAGAUAUCAACCUAUCAACUAUACAGAUUCGGGUUCGUUGACCUGCUGGCGUCUGUGCCCUUAGGUCACAAUUUAAUUUUAUUUCUAGACUAAGCUUGAGAUUUAUUCUCGAAUAUAACUGAACUUAUAUUUUGAUUUUGUCGUGCAAUAAAAAUAUUUUCUGUAAUAAUGAUCUUGUAGUAACAAUAAUAUCGAAUAAUAUUGAUCUUAAUUUUUGAAGCUGGUCAGUUUAGCAAAAUUUUAAAAGGCUCGUUUGUUGACCUUUAAACUAGAAUAAUUUUUAUGUAUUUCAAAAUGAUCAGAUUUUUAAAACUGUGACAUGAUAAAUAAGAUUUUAACUAAGGCCCAUCUAGAUUUGCUACACUGGCCCGUCUAGGCGCGCCCUUAUAUUCCCAAAUUGUAUGACUGUGAAAAAAUCACAAUAAUUUUCAUUCCAUAAACAAUUCAAAUUUUUAAUUAGACUUAUUUAUUUUAUUUUGACGAUCACCAUUGAGGUAGCUAGCUAGUUCGCAUCAACAGACAUCCGACAUUUCAAUAUAUUGAAUACCAUAUAAGACUGUGAUCUGCAUUGUAUUAUAUUAUUGUGCAUGUAUAUAGCCCAAGUUAUGUAUUUAUAACUUAAUAUAUUAAAUGGUUUUGUUUAA